UCCACCCCCAUAAGGUGGGAUUGUUGGGGCAACAGGACUGCCCCCCACCCCGGGAAUCCAUCCUUUCCGGAGAGACACCUUCUAUGAAGCCAGCUACUUCAGCGCAUAAUUCCUGGCCUCGGAGAUGAAAAACGGCCACUUCGAAGCCGCCGUGUAACGGGCGCCCUGAGCGCCACAGCAAUCAAAUUAAAAAAAAAACUCUCGCCGGGAUCGGGUCGCUACCUGCUGAUUUACUCGGACGUGACUAUUUGUUUUAAUUAUAUCCCGAUCAUCACAGUAGUUAGACACGGUUUUCGCUCCUUAUCGACCCCCGACCGCCAUAACGCGUCCGUGCCCCGCCGAAUUAAUUCUUCAUGUUGUUUUUCUCGCCCGCACUCCUCCUCCCGGCCGCCGCACUCGGGGCAAAUCAAGACACUGGCUCGAGGUACCGGCCCCCUGAAGCCGGUCCUAUUUGCCGGGCGUUGGGAGGCGUGGACCUAUUGGGGAAAAGGUGAUGCUCAUCCUGCUCUUACGAUUGGUAAAUAACGCCGCCCAUCAUCUAGACGGCUGUGGGGUCCAUUGAUAGACAGCCCGCUCGCCCAAUAGCCGUCGCGUCUACCUUGGCGGGGUGGACCGAAAAACUUGGUUUGAAAAUCCCAACAAUUCAAACGUUUUGCGGGGUGAGGUGGGGGUUUAAAAUGCCGAGCGCUCACUUUGGAGGGAGUUGGUGCUCGACAGUGAGUAAUCGGCGGUCGAAUGUGAGUGACCGACGUUGAGAACGCCAUUUUUGAAAUGUAUUUUUAACCCUUGUUGCUAAGCUACGGAGGCCGGUUGUGAUUGGCGGAGCGCCGGGAACCGUAUCGGCCAAUGGCGGUGGAGGUGUUUGUAGCACGUUUCAAUGACGUGACGGGUGUGGGGUGUGCGGCGUGUAGAGGCGAAACCCCUAGGGCCUUGAGUGGGCGGGGCCGGCUCUGUAGGCGGGGCGAUGGGCGAGGUCAAUACCAUCAAGUGUGUGGUAGAGUAUGAGGAGGCUUUGCGCGACAGUGAGCAGCGCCUGGUCGUAAUGCUCUUCGCCGCGCACUGGUGCGAGUUCUGCCAGAUGAUUCAGCUAUACUUCGACCAGUUCGCCGAAUCCUAUCCGGAGGUGGCCUUCUACGAGGUGGACAUCAACGUGGCCAAGGAUGUGGUGCAGCGUUGCCGCAUUGAAUGGUUCCCCACCUUCCAGUUCUACAAGACCGGUGUUAAGAUCUUUCAGUUUAAGGGACCCAACCGCUGCCUCCUGGAGCGGAUGAUCCAAAAGCUGCAGGGAGAUGGAUCGCAGUUUUCGCCUAAAUUAAAGCAGGCCGAUACCUAACGGU